GUACACAACGCAUCAAAACUAGUACCUUUGGAUCUUAUAAUUGACGGGGAGGGGACGGCAUAGCCGAAGACGGCCUUUUCGUUGGAUAACAGGCGUUGUUUGACCAGUGCACCACCGUCAACGUCGCCGUCCGGCCGCCUCCACGGAAUUCGUAACUAUUUCAAACUCUAUUCGAUCGUUGAUUUUUCGAUUUUAUCAACAACUCUCUGUUGGAGAAUUGGAGCAAUUUCUCGAGUGUGAAUCGAUUUGAAAAUAUCAAUGGACGAAGUGAUCACCAUAGCCGACGCGGCGUACCGCGCUAGCAAGGCGACGGAGACGGCAGCGACACCUUCACCUUCAGCUCAGGCCCUCUCCUACAGCGUGCCACUGUUGUCAGCCUUCCUUGCCUUUGCUAUUGCCCAAUUCCUCAAGGUCAUCACCACCUGGUAUAAAGAAAGAAAAUGGGAUCCUAAAAAGAUUGUUGGCUCAGGUGGAAUGCCAUCAUCUCAUUCUUCAACUGUGGUGGCACUUGCAGUAUCCAUAGGUCUACAUGAAGGAAUUGAAUCAUCAACAUUUGCCAUUGCUGUUGUCUUGGCUUUUAUUGUUAUGUAUGAUGCAUCUGGAGUCAGACUCCAUGCUGGACGCCAAGCUGAAGUUUUAAACCAAAUUGUUUGUGAAUUUCCUCCUGAACACCCUUUAUCCACAUCCAGACCUCUUCGUGAUUCUCUUGGACAUACUCCAUUACAGGUGGUUGCAGGGGCUGUGUUAGGAGUUAUGGUGGCAUUCGUGAUGAAAACAUCUGAUUAAUGCAAAGCGUUCAUUGCUCUCAUUAUAUUGAAAAAAAAAGAUAUUAUUAUUUGAAUUGUCAAUUUUACCCUUUGUAAAGUGUAUCAAACUGUUAUGGUGUAAAAGAAAAAAAAAAUGUAUUGGUUAAUACUUGAUAGUGGCAGAUUCUCAAGACUUUUUCA